AGGAGAAGCAGCGCUCCAUUUACCCACAAACCACCUCACCACCCGGCUCUGAGGACCAGCUGAAGGUCCACUAGGAGACCCUUCAGCUGCAGAUUAAAGCUCCUCUGAUGAAGAGCCGCCGUCUGCUGAGGGUAAAAAGCUGCAGCGUUCUUGUGUUUGGCGUCAAAGCCGCGGUUCUGCUGUGACCGGAGACGCUGGUGUCGGGUUCUACCGGGUCACUGAGAAAUAAAACACCGACAGAAACCAGAGCAGCAGCAGAUCCUCAGACUGGAGCUCAAACAAGCUCCAGAAAGGAACCUGGAAACCUCCCAGAGACCCUCGUGUUCCUCAUCCACUGAUCAGCUGAUCAAUAAUCAAUAAUCAGCGACUGGGGGUGAACAGGGAAGAGUUGGAGCUCCUACAGAUGUUUUGGAGGAAGGAGGGACCAUGGCAGCUGAUCCAGUGACAGCAGGGCAGCUACCUUAAGACUCAGACGGACUCCAGAGACUCUACAGACCAGGACCAGGACCAGGACCAGGACCAGGCAUCGCCAUGGUGAACACAGGGAUGCAGCUGAUCAGCUUCACCUGCGCCGUCACCGGCUGGAUCAUGGCCAUCGCGGUGACGGCGCUGCCCCAGUGGAAGGUGUCGGCGUUCAUCGGCAGCAACAUCCUGACAUCGGAGAUCAAGUGGGAGGGCAUCUGGAUGAACUGCGUGUACCAGACCACGGGCCACAUGCAGUGUAAGACCUACGACUCCAUGCUGGCGCUGCCGCCGGACAUCCAGGCGGCCCGGGCCCUCAUGUGUCUGUCCAUCUUCAUGGGCUGGCUGUCCUGCACCGUCUCCUGCUGUGGGAUGAAGUGCACCACCUGCGCUGGAGACGACCGGCGGGCCAAAGCCGGCAUCGCGCUGUCGGGCGGCGUCCUCUUCAUCCUGACGGGGCUCUGCGUCCUCAUCCCCGUCUCCUGGACCGCCAACACCGUGGUCCAGGACUUCUACAACCCCAACGUGCCGCUGAUGCACAAACGGGAGCUGGGCCAGGCCAUCUACCUGGGCUGGGCCGCCGCCGUCAUCCUGAUGAUCAGCGGCGCCGUCCUGAGCAGCACCUGUCCUCUGAUGGAGCGAGGAGGACGAUACCGACGGGGCUACAUCGGACGGAGCUUCGCCAACUCACCGGCCACGGCUCCGGACCCGCCCAAACCCAUCACCUCCAACAGCCUGCCGCUGAAGGAGUAUGUCUAGACCAGGGGGUCCACCGGGUCCAGGCCAGGACCACAUGCAGACCUCCAGACCGGACCAGUAGAACCAGUAAAACCAGAACAUGAUGACCUCUAAAUAACCACAACUCCUGAUGGUUCCUAAUGUUCACAUUUAAGGAAUUAUCUUUUUACCAAACAUCAGGAACAACCUGAACAACUGACAAAAAAAAGGAUACAAACGAGACAAAAAUACACAAAACGACAAAAAUGCUACACAAAAUGAUAAAAGUAAGUCAAAAAACAACAAAGACAACACAAAAUAUUACAAAAAUGAGGCACAAAACGACAAAAGAACAAAGAACAAUCUAGUAUUUUACUUUCUGAUCCAAACAACUUGUCAUGGUCUAGAAAUGAUUUUAAAUUUAUAGUUUUACUAAUUUACAAUCUGCAGUUAAUGUCUUCUUUGGAAUUUUUACACUUUGAGGGCCGGAUUGGACCCUCUGGAGGACCACUUUUGGUCCACGGGCCUCAUGUUGGACCCUCUGGAGGACCGCUUUUGGUCCACGGGCCUCAUGUUGGACCCUCUGGAGGACCGCUUUUGGUCCGCGGGCCUCAUGUUGGACCCUCUGGAGGACCGCUUUUGGUCCGCGGGCCUCAUGUUGGACCCUCUGGAGGACCGCUUUUGGUCCACGGGCCUCAUGUUGGACCCUCUGGAGGACCGCUUUUGGUCCGCGGGCCUCAUGUUGGACCCUCUGGAGGACCGCUUUUGGUCCGCGGGCCUCAUGUUGGACCCUCUGGAGGACCAUUUUUGGACCACGGGCCUCAUGUUGGACCCUCUGGAGGACCGCUUUUGGUCCACGGGCCUCAUGUUGGACCCUCUGGAGGACCGCUUUUGGUCCGCGGGCCUCAUGUUGGACCCUCUGGAGGACCGCUUUUGGUCCGCGGGCCUCAUGUUGGACCCUCUGGAGGACCGCUUUUGGUCCGCGGGCCUCAUGUUGGACCCUCUGGAGGACCGCUUUUGGUCCGCGGGCCACAUGUUGGACCCUCUGGAGGACCGCUUUUGGUCCGCGGGCCUCAUGUUGGACCCUCUGGAGGACCGCUUUUGGACCGCGGGCCUCAUGUUGGACCCUCUGGAGGACCGCUUUUGGUCCACGGGCCUCAUGUUGGACCCUCUGGAGGACCGCGGGCCUCAUGUUGGACCCUCUGGAGGACCGCUUUUGGUCCACGGGCCUCAUGUUGGACCCUCUGGAGGACCGCUUUUGGUCCACGGGCCUCAUGUUGGACCCUCUGGUCUAAAGACAAACUGAACGUCUCCAGAUCCAGGUUUAAAUCUGAAGUCUGUAUUUAUGAAUAUAUGGGAUCUAUAUUUUGUAUUUCUAUUUUCCUGAACUGUGGAGCCUGAAGAGCCUCCAGGACCAAACAGGAUCAAUCAGAACUGAUCAGGACCGAUCAGUGGGCUUUCAUGAUGGCUCUGUUGUGACGGUUGCCGUGGUUUCUCUACCUCCUGAUGAUGCUGGCUGAUGACAUCACAGCGGUGAAAUAAAGCAGUGUGAAGCGUGAUAAAAACAA